AUGCGACCGGCGUUCACGAUGCCCACACCUCGCCUCCUCUUCCUCCUGCUCCGCGUUAACUCGCUCGCAACGACGCUAGCGUUGCUAAGUCACAUCGGCGUCUCAGACUCUGCGAGGCAAGUACUGCGCGCCGGCGUGCUGCUGCACACGCAGACGGGAGCGCCGUACGACAUGGAGCGGGUCGGUCCGGCGAUAGACAUGGCCGUCGAGAAGGUGAACCGAGAACGGCUGAACGCCAGCUACACGCUAGAGGCGGUAAGCAUCGCUUACGGGAACGCCUGCAAGGCGGCGAACGCUCUCGGCAACGCGGCGAAACUCUACCACGACGACGCCGUCGUCGUCUUCCUCGGCCCCGCCUGCGCGCACGCGCUCGAGGCGACGGGAAAGCUGAUCGGCUUCUGGAAUCUUCCCGUUGUAACGGGCGUCGGCGAUCGGGGCAUCUUCAAGUUCAAGGACGACUAUCCGACCAUGACACGCCUGUCGUACUGCCAGUGUCGGCUGCGUAAGGUGUUCGGCAGCGUCUUCCGGCGCUUCGGCUGGACGCACGUCGCCGUGCUGCUGGAUUUCACCGACGUGUACGCGCACUCGGUGGGGAAGACGCUGGAGCAGGGGCUGCGCAUCGCUGGUAUGGACCCGUAUGUUAUAGAGUUCGACGACAGCGCGGCCAACUACACCGAGCUGUUGUGGAGAGCCAGCGAUAGAGCGAGAAGAGUAAAUAAUUGGGAAGUGAAUUACUUUGUCGGUGCAUUCCACGACGCCGUCAUACUGUACGGAAUGGCACUUAACGAGAGCUUGGAGGCUGGGCUAGACAUUCGAGAUGGCUUCAAUGUGACGCGACGCAUGUGGGACCGGAAAUUUCAAGGCAUUACAGGUGAAGUUUAUAUCGAUGACAACGGUGAUAGGGACACGGAUUUCUCUAUUCUGGAUCUCAAUCCGGAUACGGGAGAGUUUGAAGUUGUCGCUAACUACUACGGCUGGUCGCCGACUUACAACGAGGUACAGGAUGUCCGUUGGCCCGCCGGAAGACAAGGCCCUCCACCGGACAUCCCGUUUUGCGGUUUCACGAACGAUAACCCGGCGUGCGAUCCCGUCGAGGAGAUAUCUACCAGUAUCUAUGUCAGCCUUGGGACUGUUGCCUGCCUUGCUGUCGCCGCUAUAGUCACCUAUCUACUCUACAGACGGAAACAACUUCAGAUAGAGCUACUGAACAUGUCGUGGCGAAUUCAGUGGGAGGAAUUGAAGUUUCAACGAAGCAGAUUCGGAAUUGGCAGCUUGACAAGCAUCGGCAGGCUAUCCAAGAGCUCAUAUUCAUCCACAGUUUCGCAGCAGCAGGUGUUUGCCAACGUAGCAAAUUACAAGGACAUACUGGGGAACGACUGCAUUCACCUCGACGAACAGUUUUGCAUGUCGAUUGUCAACGACAUCGUCAACGCACCUGUUGCGGGCACGCAGAAGGGCGACAUCUACUCCUUCGCGAUUAUUCUGCAGGAAAUAGCUCUACGAUCCGGACCUUACGAGAGCGAGAGAAUGCACCUGUCAGUAACAGAUAUCUUAGAAAAAGUGGAAUCUGGAAAUACACCGCAAUUCCGCCCUCAUGUGCCCUACGACCCGGGCCGCAGUGACAUCAUCGACUUGAUGACGUCGUGUUGGCAUGACAAUCCCGACCAACGGCCGUCCUUCAGUCAGAUCCACCUGUCGCUUAGGAAACACCACAAAACACAGAAUAUCAUGGACUCUCUGCUCACCCGAAUGGAACUGUAUGCGAAGAAUCUAGAAGAUAUCGUUGACCAAAGAACGGGACAAUUGGUUGAGGAAAAAAAGAAGGUGGACAACUUGCUGAAUGAAAUUCUCCCACGGUCGGUAGCAGAACAGCUAAAGCAAGGCAAAUGUGUGCAGCCGGAGUCAUACGAAAGCGUGACGAUUUACUUCAGCGAUAUAGUCGGCUUCACAAGCAUAUGUGCUGACAGCAAACCCUUACAGUUGCGUGAUCUGCAGCAUCCUAACCUUGCUCGCUUCAUCGGAAUCUGCAUUGACGUGCCGAACAUAGUCGUUGCGAUGGAGUACGGAGCGAAAGGCAGCUUACAGGUGCGACACCGGCCUGACGAGAAGCUCUUGCUACGUAUCGGCAUUCACACGGGCCCGUGCGUCGCCGGAGUCGUCGGCAUGAAGAUGCCGCGCUACUGUCUGUUCGGCGACACGGUGAACACCGCCUCGAGAAUGGAAUCGACCGGUGCAGCUCUGAUGAUUCAUAUUAGCGCAGCAACGGCCGAGCUUCUGGGUGCAUUUGAGUUCGACGUGCAACUACGGGGAGAGGUUAACAUCAAGGUAUGUUUACAUCGUAUAACAAACAUAUUUUAUUAUUAUAUACAACAUGUAGGCCUAAUGAAUCUGUACGGAUUUUCAGUACGGCGGAUGAGCAUACGAAUUGGCAUGCUGUACAUCCACUCGUCGUGCCUGAGGAGUUACGGAGCUCUGCGAUCGUCCAAGUGCAUCUGUGACAGUCGCUUUGUCGUCAAGAUCACCGGCUUCGGGGUGAACGAACUACGAGAGGAGGACCCGGGGGUGGCCACGUGCCAGACGCAGCACAUGAGUACGUACGAUGUCUAA